UUCCCUCAAGGACGGCGAAGUGGGUCGCGUCCUUGCUGCCGACGACUUCCAUUCUGGCGUUGGGGACACGGCUAACGUAGUCUUCGUAGGCCGCACGUGGACAGAUGGUGUCCCCUGCCGGCACGAUAAAGAGCGUCGGACAUUGGAGACCCAUGUGCUCUGCCUCUGCGAGGUGCAUAAUUAAUGAAAAUACUAGAGCCUGCCGUCUACCAAAUCGUCGAGGUCGCCUCCUCGGCCACGGAUCUCAGAGGCGCAGCUGGCCUCGACACUGGCUCUCCCCCCGAGCUCUAUCUCGAAUACGGGGGUCAGUUUGCUGACGUUCUGUACUCGACCUUCAUCUGCGUCUGGCGUAUCUACUCUCUGGCCAGACCGGCAAAGCACCGCCACAUUCAUCGGAGUGCUACGCUUCAGUCCCAUAUCAACAAGAUCCUGCGCGUGCUCCUUGCUUCUUUUGUCUGUCCCGCCGCUUCGGCCUUGGCGCUGAUCAUUGUGGUGAGCGGGUCAAAUUACCAGGCCAUCUCCAACAUGUCGGCCAUCAAUCCGGGCAUCGUCGUUGCAAAUGUCCUCGCGAGCACAAUCUUGCUCCUCUAUCGCCCUAACAAGGACCUGACGGCCGAGCCUGAAAAGAUUCAAGGCGCGCAGCUUUCCUUGAACGCCAAACAACAGCUCGACCACGAGACCGAAGAGAGCCUGGAGGCGGGGCAGAAGAGGAGGCUGCCGUCCAGCCCGUGUCCUGUUCGGGCUUUUCCCUUUCGUCGCGUGGCAUCCGUUGCGAGCAGCAAAUCAACAGGGAAGCUUGCAGACAGGAAGAAACAAGAUCUUAACCUGGACGGAGCACCGCAACGGGUGCCGUCGAGGAAUGGUGCCACCUCGUCUGGCACCCGCGAGAUUCUGCUAACCGACCAUGAGGAAGACGACGAGGCAGAGUUCAGGUACGACAAUUGCUUGGAAAGUCGGUCAGCUGAAGUCAAAGACGUCUUCUUUCGCCUCGGGCUGAGAGCCACCUCUCUGUCUCGUCGCUGAUGGAGCAGGUGAGAUCCACGCUGGGCCCUCACAACUUCCUCAGUCUGCCCACAUCCUCAGCUAUCAACCCACGCAUUUGUAUGCCUUGCCUUUGCUCUUGCAUUGCUCGACGAUUGCACUGUCGAUAAUAAUCUAUCAUCUUGAAUAACGCCUCAUCUUUUCUCGCUCAGCC